UGCACUUUCACUUUCACUUUCUAAAAGUAAUUUGAAGUGGCCUUCCGUGCUGGCGGGAGAUCUAUUUGUUGUUGUUUUUUCGAAAAUAACAAUAACAACAUGUUGUAGGUCUACAGCUGAAAACUUUUUGAUUACGUCCAUCGUCCAAACUGGAAUGUAGACUAUUUUCGUCUCGAUUGCUUUUGCGCGUCUAUAGUCUGAAUGAAUCUAUCCACCCUGGGCCUGUAUUGAAAUGUAAAUAGCCUAAAAUCAUACUUUAAUUUCUGAAUCUAUAUGUGCAACCCAAUAUGAACCGGUUCGUUAAUUAUUGAACUGUUAAUAAUAUUCAGUCACCUGGUAAAUAUUGCUUUUUUUUUUCAACAAAGAAAACUGAAUUGAAGAGGUGAACUGCAUUUGCGAUCGGCGCCAAUGGACCCGUUGGAUUAUUUUACAGAUAAGCAGUUACUGCAGUUUUUCCGCUGUAGUAGGACAGAAAUGUCGUGCAUGGAGCAACCACACACCUUUCUUAACCAGCUCCGAGACCACCACCUCAUUCCGGAAGAAACGUACAAGAAGCUGAUUCGGUGUAGGAGUAAGGAGCUGAGGGAGAAGGGUGUGUACCAGGUGUUGGACUGGGUGCAGGCAAAGAGUCCCGACAGCAUCAAGGUGUUCUGGAACUGUGUGUUCAGGGACCACCUCCUGCUGCAGUACCCCACGUUACGCCUGCUCCGAAAGCGCCUGCUGGACGGGUCGUCCACAUUCUAUGAGAAACUGCCAGAGAAGGUGGAGAAGGAAGAGGAGGAGGAGGAUAAGAAGAAGAAGGGUUCAGCGGAAGGAGAAGAGGAGGAGGAGGAGAAGAAGACAAGAAGGAAAAAGAGGAACCAGAAAAAGAGAAGUGAGAGUGCUGAGGAGGAGCAGCCCAGCACGUCCACCCAGUCCAACCCCAGUCAGAAGAGGAAAGUCCAGAGGCCCAAAUACUCUUCUCCUUUCAGAAAGAAGGAGAAAGAUGACAUCUGGACCUGGCCCUUCUACAAGACCCAGCUCCCAGUCACCUGUGGGGACAAAGAAGGCAUGCUCAACAGGGACAAGCUGGCCAAAGGGGAGAGGUGCAUUGAGGUCAAGGGUCGAUGGUUCAUCCCAAGUGGCUUUGAGGAGUUUGGGGGGAAGAAGAGCAGUAAGAACUGGAAGUACAGUAUCCGCUGUAGAGGCACCACUCUGGGAAAACUGAUCCAGGAAGGUCAUUUAACUUCACCAAACUUUAAAAGAAGAAAGAGUGCACAGGCCAAGAGAGCACUGUUUCCCUUCAACCAAUCAGCAGGCUCAAUCACUGAAUCUGAGGAGGAUGACGAUGAUGAGGAGGAAGAAGAAGCUGAGCGGGAAAAAGAGGAAGUCUUCAAAGUCACCUGUGGAGCCAUCAGUGGAAUGCUACAUAAGGAUCGGUUUGCAUCAGGGUCGUGUGGAAAGAGCAUCCGCACGGACCAGCGCUGGAUGACCCCGGUGGAGUUUGUGACGGUGGGGUCAGCUCUGGAAGAUCCCUCCUGGAAGAAAGACAUCCAGUGGGACGGGAAACCACUCAGCGUGCUCAUCGAGAGAAAGAUCUUGGUCAUCCACUCUCUCCUGUGUAAGUGCAAGCUGUGCAGCUCCACGGCCAACGACAGGCAUGAUCAGGAUAACGAUGACAACUGCUUCAUCUGUAGAAGCCAGGGCAACUUGAUAUGCUGUGAUGAGUGUCCUCGCUCCUUCCAUCAGAGAUGUCAUCUUCCUAAUGUGGAUGAUGCCAUGAUGGGGGAUGAUUGUCCGUGGAUGUGUACAUUCUGUGUACUGAGGGCCAGUCAGUCGUGGCGCUACCCCAAACAAAUGACCUACCAGGAAGCCUUAACCUGCCAAAUCUCUGACCACCUACUGGAAUGCCAGUACCUCCUGCUGUGUCUGUACAAUGCGGACGAGGACCAAAUCUUUGUGGCAGAUCCUUGCAUCCACGUGAGAAACUACACCAGUGUGAUAAAGACCCUAUAUGGCUGGACAGGGUUGUGGAGAAGCUGCAGCAGAAUCUCUACCAAACAGUGCGACACUUUGUGUCUGAUGUGUUGCUUAUCUUCACCAACUGUGCCACAUUUAACAGGGAUAAUGCAGAGUUCCGUGGGAUGGGCGAAAGAUUGAAGGAUCUAUUUGAGAGAGAGUUCAAGAAUAUUUUCAGUAUCCAACUUCAGCAUCCAACUGCAUCCAACAGCCAGUAGAGCCUUCAUCAAGUCUGUACUGUUAUCUCACUAUGAGACAACAGGGAAUAUUCACCAUGCCCUGGUCUUUGUAUACAGCCUUCAUACAGAUUUGCAUGAACAUUAUUAUCCAUCUAGUCCUUUGAUGAAUUUCUUUCAUUCGUUCUAGCAGUCAAAAUGUGUGUGUGAUACUAAUUGAAAUAGAAUGAUGGUGAUAACAUUGCAUUUCACACAGUAAAUGUUGCUUUGCUAACUUCUCAUACAAGAGCCUUAGAAUUCCUCACCUUCUAGGUUCUUACUUUUGGUUAGGCCUCACUAGAUUCAUGUCCAGGGAUUCUGUCGAAAAUAAACUCAUGAAUUUCGAAAACAUUGUA